AUGCCUCCAACCAACUAUGGCCCGGGCAAUAGAGCCUUUCUCCAGGCCCUUCUUGCCAGAGGCACAUUAACGUAUCCAGAGGCACGGCCCAUAAUCGCAGCCAUCAUCAAUGCCGAUAACGCAGAGGAUUCCAACAGCGAGGAACGCAGGCCUGAUCAGAUCACAGAAGACAUCUUUCUAGAGUACGUCGACAAAGCUUCUAGGGCAGUGUCUGUGUUUGAUUAUGAGAUCCGGAGCACGCAGCACCAGGCGACCAAAGAGAGAAUCUUUGCUCUCGUUAACACAACCUCUGACGCCCAAACUCAGCUGGCCACAAUUUACAGCCCAGAAGAGCUGUCAUUUAUAAAAAGAGUCCUCGACGCCAUGUUUGAGAAAUUCAACCGGCCCCGCAUGGAGUCGCUUUGUAUUACCGAAAUGCAAGCCAUCAAGCUGGCAAGGCCACCACGCAGAGAAAGCCAAGGAGGAGAAGAACAACAGUCACAAGCCCCAAUAGACAGAGGGCUGAAGCACAGUGAAGUGGAAACCGUUCUCGAAAGUCUGGUAGAAGGCGGCUGGUUUGAAAUUAGCAGGGAAGGAUUCUACUCGCUCUCCCCCCGCGCACUCAUGGAACUUCGCCCGUGGCUGGUCGACAUGUAUAACGACGCAGAUGCCGAGCCCAACGACUGGCAAAGGAUCAAGUUCUGCGAGGCCUGCAAAGAGAUUGUGACUUGGGGGCUGAGAUGCUCAGACCCUGACUGCACACUCCGACUGCACGAUAUCUGCCAAGAAGCCUUUUGGAGGUCACGACGAGGAACAACUUGUCCCAAAUGCUCUCGGGAAUGGACUGGGAAUCAUUACGUGGGAGAAAGAGCCAUCACAAUGACUGAGGCGUAUCAAAGAGGCCGAAGACGAAGCGGUGGCCAUAGGAAUACGUUGGUGGAUGAUGUCAUUCGCCAACAAGGGGCUGAGGAAGAGAGCGAGGGCGAAGAAGCGGGAGGUGGAGAGGAGGACGAAGACGAGGAAUAA